GACAACCACCUAUAUCUAUAGCAUGUUAAAGCACCUUCAGGGUCAGGGCAGCGCUGGUGAGGGGCUUCAGGGUCAGGGCAGUGCUGGUGAGGGGCUUCAGGGUCAGGGCAGCGCUGAUGAGGGGCUUCAGGGUCAGGGCAGCGCUGAUGAGGGGCUUCAGGGUCAGGGCAGCGCUGGUGAGGGGCUUCAGGGUCAGGGCAGCGCUGAUGAGGGGCUUCAGGGUCAGGGCAGCGCUGGUGAGGGGCUUCAGGGUCAGGGGAGCGCUGAUGAGGGGCUUCAGGGUCAGGGCAGCGCUGAUGAGGGGCUUCAGGGUCAGGGCAGCGCUGAUGAGGGGCUUCAGGGUCAGGGCAGCGCUGAUGAGGGGCUUCCUCGCCGGGCUUGGAGCAGCUUCAACUGCUUCGAUGCUUUUCUGUUCGCUGCUCGUCUGCUGUUGGUGGAGUUCUUGUAAUUCAUUUGUUUGAGUUAAAGCAGAAGUUUGCAACAGUGAGUCAAACGUUAACAACAGACAGCUUUCUGAUUUUCGGCUCAAUACAGACAAAUAGAAGGAGUCACAGACGAAACAAUACUUUUAUAGAAAAUCAGUGUUUCUAGACCAGAAAACUAUAAAAGGACAAAACAAUGUUUACUUCUCAAAGAUGAUUUUAUGUUCUUCCUCCGUUUUAAUGUUGAAUGAACUGGAAUAUUAAUCUGAAAGAGGAAGACAAGAAUCCACCAGCUGCUUGUUUUCUCUUCUUUUAAUUAUUCUAUUUGUAUUUUUGUUCAUUUCAUCAAACUUACAUUUUUUAACUUCAAAAUAUCCUUCUUUUUAUUGACUUCUUAUGUUUUAAUAAUAAUACUGAACAGUUUGCUUGACAUUACAGUCAUUUACUGUUUUUUACUCAAAGUAUUUCUGUAUCUGUUAUUCAUACAAUAAUUUAAAUGAAUUCAACACUUUUAACAACACAGUCCAUGACUACACAUUAAUAUUUGGGUGUUAUGUGUAAAUCUCAAAAUAUGCAAAUAAAUUGCCAAAAUAUUAUUUCUGUUGUGCAAAUAUACGACGAAGAGGUUAAGAGGUUAAGAGCGAGGUCAUUUCACCAAAGUCAGCCAACAUCAAUGUGCUUAUAACGUGUCCUGGUUUAUUAAAAAAAAUGUGAAGAUGGCUUCUACAACAACAGACAAUACAGAGAAGUUUGAUAAAUAUCUAAAUUUAAUAAAACAAACUCACGUGACUCUUACCUGACAAACUCCGCCCGCCUGGCGCUCCAAGCAGCUUAAAACAAGCACUACUGUCGCUCUGCAGCUCAGACUGAAGCCUGGCGUGGACACAGGUCUACAGUCUGUGAAAUGAAGGUGAACCAAACACUUAAUAUCAUUAUUAAUUAUCUAUUUAUCUUAUUGUAUUACAGUCGAUAUAACUUCUGCUACUGAAGCCCGUUCGAAUAUAUAUAUAUUCUAAAAAUGAAUAAUCUUGCAAUGCGGACACAAAUUGUCACGACAUAUAGAAACAAGAUGGCGAUAUAUCCCCGUAGACGUUCAUUCAUUGUGCCUCUGAAGCAAGAAUCAUCCCUGAGAACGACGACUCGUCAUUCUGUAUUUAGUGUUUCAUCUCACCACGCUCCAAACACGCCACACAGGAUUUAUGAAUGUGAACUCUGUUUACCUUCUGUUGUGAUUCGUCCUCUUUAUUUUGUAUUCAUUUGUAUAUUUUUUAUUAAAGCAGCACACGGUGCACUCUUGCUUUUGUAAAAUGCUGUUUUGUAGCUCAUUCACUGACAUUCAGACUCGACAUGAUUUCAGCUGCACAGACAUGUAAGAAGGUUGUAACGUUUCACUUCUCGUCUUCUUUCUGUGUUCAUGAUGUCGGGCUGAACCGGUGUGUCCGUUUUGUUGAAGUUCAUCGUCGUCGAGUGUUUUUGUUGCCUUUGCACAUCGAGCUCCAUUUACAGACGUUACGUUGCUUCCAUUCAGACUUUAACUCGUAUUGCUUCCUUUCUAAAUUAACACAGUUAAAGAACAUCACUGGAAACUACAGCAGCGUCGGCAUGUUUCUGUUACAUUUAACAAGCUAAUAUUUUGUGAAUUGUUUUGAAUAAAUUGUCUCCAACACUCGAAGAUGCACUGGAAACAACAAGUGAUGCUAGCAAAGACAGCUGACAAUAAAACACAAAUAUUUAGCAGAUUAUAAUUUAUUACUGACGUAAACCUGAAGCUUCUUCUCAGGAAUUCAAAAGCUGUAUUGAUUCAUUGGUGGACAUAUAAAAACAGCACAACAUGGACUCGUUUUAUCACCGACUCCUAAAAUACUGUUUCUCUCAUAACAUGUGAAAACAACCUGAAUUAUGUUUUCAAAUAACUAACUUAUUUGAUUUUCAAGAAUCCCAUUUACUGUUUGUUGGAGAUUUCUUCCAAUAAUGGAAACUGAGUCGGGAAAAUUUUUGGGGGAAGAAAUGGAAAAUGAGAAUUCAAAAAAAAAAAAAAUUUUAAGUGUGCACAAACCAUUCACUCAAUAUUUGUAAUGAAGUGCUAGCAUUACUUGUUAUAGUGUAAACAUGAUUCCAGUUUCAAUUAUUUUCCUGUCCUCGUGGGUUUUGUGAAAGAGAUGACGUUUUGUGUUUUAUGAACAAACAUGGCUGACAUCAUACCGUAUCAUCGCUUUAUGUUUGUGACCACGUGUUCCAUUCUCCAGUGACGUCCUCACAUCACACCUCUCCGCUAGAGGCAGAACAAAAGAAUAAAGACACAAUCAUCAUUAGAUACCAUUAGAUCAUCUGUGCUUCACUUAAUAUAGUGUUUGAUCAAAUGUGUGCUGAGAGACCACACACACACACACACACACACACACACACACAGAUUCACUUCACGUCAGAUGCCUGUGUGCACGAGACUAAACGGUUCUUGUAGCCGACGUUCACACUUUUUAUCCUUCAGCAGCUUUCCGGCAGAAAAUUAUCUUCUGAAUGUAGGAAGAAGCUCGAAAAUG